AUGGUUUUCCUUUAUUCAAUUUCAAAAAUAGUUCUUUCUUUUGUUUUUUACUUUCUUCUUUUACUUAUUUUUUUAACUUGUUUUACUUGUUUCAUUCUUUUUUGUUUUUGCAAAUUCUGUCUUUUUUUUCCCCUCUUUGCCAUCUGCCUCUUUUUUUUCCCCUUCUUUGCCAUCUGCCUCUUUUUUUUCCCCUUCUUUGCCAUCUGCCUCUUUUUUUUCCCCUUCUUUGCCAUCUGCCUCUUUUUUUUCCCCUUCUUUGCCAUCUGCCUCUUUUUUUUCCCUUCUUUGCCAUCUGCCUUUUUUUUUUUUCCUUCUUUGCCAUCUGCCUCUUUUUUUUCCCUUCUUUGCCAUCUGCCUCUUUUUUUUUCUUUGCCAUCUGCCUCUUUUUUUUCCUUCUUUGCCAUCUGCCUCUUUUUUUCCCCUUCUUUGCCAUCUGCCUCUUUUUUUUCCCCUUCUUUGCCAUCUGCCUUUUUUUUUUUCUUCUUUGCCAUCUGCCUCUUUUUUUUCCCCUUCUUUGCCAUCUGCCUCUUUUUUUUCCCUUCUUUGCCAUCUGCCUCUUUUUUUUUGCUUCUUUGCCUUGACUUCUGCCUCUUUUUUUCUUACUUCUUAACCUUCUGCCUCUUUUUUUACUCAUUUUCUUUCCAUCUUUUUUUUCCUUCUUUUCCUUCUGCCUCUUUUUUUUCUUGUUCUCUUUUUUAUUGUUUUCUUUCUGUCUCUUUUCCUACUUUUUUUUCUUUUUUUAAACAAGUUUUACUUCUUUCAUUCUUUUUUAUUCUUUUCCAUUCUUCUGCUCUUUUAGUCUUUUCUUCCUUUUCCCAUUCUCGCUCCUCUUUCCCAAUCUUUCAGACAUUUCCACUUUUCAUCUUUUUUCAGUCUUUUCUCCCUCUUUUCCACUGUUUCAGUCUCUUCCACCCUUUUUCAGUCUUUUCCCCCUCUUUUCCACUGUUUCAGUCCCUUUCUUUCUUCCACCCUUUUUCAGUCUUUUCCCCCUCUUUUCCACUGUUUCAGUCUCUUUCUUUCUUCCACCCUUUUUCAGUCUUUUCCCCCUCUCUUCCACUGUUUCAGUCUCUUUCUUUCUUCCACCUUUUUCAGUCUUUUCCCCUUUUUCCACUGUUUCAGUCUCUUCCUUUCUUCCACCCUUUUUCCGUCUUUUCCCCUCUUUUCCACUGUUUCAGUCCUUUCUUUCUUCCACCCUUUUCAGUCUUUCCCCCUCUAUUCCACUGUUUCAGUCUCUUCCUUUCUUCCACCCUUUUUCAGUCUUUUUCCCCCUCUUUUCCACUGUUUCAGUCCCUUUCUUUCUUCCCCCUUUUUCAAUCUUUUCCCCUCUAUUCCACUGUUUCAGUCUCUUCCUUUUCUUCACCCUUUUUCCGUCUUUUCCCCUCUUUCCACUGUUUCAGUCCCUUUCUUUCUUCCACCCAAUUUUUUUUCCACUCAUUUCAAUCUCUUCAUUCCCCCUUUUUUCCGUUUCCAAUGUUUCAGUCCCUUUCUUUCUUCCACUUUUUUCAAUCUUUUUCCCCUCUUUUCCACUGUUUCAGUCCCUUCCUUUCUUCCACCCUUUUUUUUCCACUGUUUCAGUCCUUUCUUUCCCACCUUUUUCAGUCUUUUUCCCCUUUUUCCACUGUUUCAGUCUCUUUCUUUCUUCCACCCUUUUUCCGUCUUUUCCCCCCUUUUCCACUGUUUCAAUCUCUUCCUUUCUUCCACCCUUUUUUCAGUCUUUUCCCCCUCUUUCCACUGUUUCAGUCUCUUCCUUUCUUCCACCCUUUUUCAGUCUUAACCCCUCUUUUCCACUGUUUCAGUCUCUUCCUUUCUUCCACCCUUUUUUCAGUCUUUUCCCCUUUUCCACUGUUUCAGUCUCUUUCUUUCUUCCACCCUUUUCCGUCUUUUUCCCCUUUUUCCACUGUUUCAGUCUCUUUCUUUCUUCCACCCUUUUCCGGUUUUUCGGUCUUUUCCACUGUUUCAGUCUCUUUUCUUUCUUCCACCCUUUUCCGUCUUUUCCCCUCUUUUUCCACUGUUUCAGUCCCUUUCUUUCUUCCACCCUUUUUUCAAUCUUUUCCCCCUCUUUUCCACUGUUUCAGUCCCUUUCUUUCUUCCACCUUUUCCAAUCUUUUUCCCUCUAUUCCACUGUUUCCUCUUCCUUUCUUCCCCUUUUCCUUUUUCCCCUCUUUUCCACUGUUUCAGUCCCUUUCUUUCUUCCACCCUUUUUCAAUCUUUCCCCCUCUUUUCCACUGUUUCAGUCUCUUCCUUUCUUCCACCCUUUUUCCGUCUUUUCCCCCUCUUUUCCACUGUUUCAGUCCCUUUCUUUCUUCCACCCUUUUUCAAUCUUUCCCCCUCUUUUCCACUGUUUCAGUCUCUUCCUUUCUUCCACUGUUUCAGUCCCUUUCUUUCUUCCACCCUUUUUCCGUCUUUUCCCCCUCUUUUCCACUGUUUCAGUCUCUUUCUUUCUUCCACCCUUUUUCAGUCUUUCCCCCCUCUCUUCCACUGUUUCAGUCUCUUUCUUUCUUCCACCCUUUUUCCGUCUUUUUUCCCCUCUUUUCCACUGUUUCAGUCUCUUUCUUUCUUCCACCCUAUUUCCGUCUUUUCCCCCUCUUUUCCACUGUUUCAGUCUCUUUCUUUCUUCCACCCUUUUUCAGUCUUUUCCCCCUCUCUUCCACUGAUUCAGUCUCUUCCUUUCUUCCACCCCUUUCAGUCUUUCCCCCUCUUUUCCACUGUUUCAGUCCCUUUCUUUCUUCCACCCUUUUUCAAUCUUUCCCCCUCUUUUCCACUGUUUCAGUCUCUUCCUUUCUUCCACCCUUUUUUCCGUCUUUUCCCCUCUUUUCCACUGUUUCAGUCCCUUUCUUUCUUCCACCCUUUUUCAAUCUUUCCCCCUCUUUUCCACUGUUUCAGUCUCUUCCUUUCUUCCACCCUUUUUCCGUCUUUUCCCCCUCUUUUCCACUGUUUCAGUCCCUUUCUUUCUUCCACCCUUUUUCAAUCUUUCCCCCUCUAUUCCACUGUUUCAGUCUCUUCCUUUCUUCCACCCUUUUUCCUUUUUUUCCCCCUCUUUUCCACUGUUUCAGUCCCUUUCUUUCUUCCACCCUUUUUCAAUCUUUCCCCCUCUUUUCCACUGUUUCAGUCUCUUCCUUUCUUCAACCCUUUUUCCGUCUUUCCCCCUCUUUUCCACUGUUUCAGUCCCUUUCUUUUCUUCCACCCUUUUUCAAUCUUUCCCCUCUUUUCCACUGUUUCAGUCUCUUCCUUUCUUCCACUGUUUCAGUCCCUUUCUUUCUUCCACCCUUUUUUCCGUCUUUUUCCCCCUUUUCCACUGUUUCAGUCUCUUUCUUUCUUCCACCCUUUUUCAGUCUUUCCCCCCUCUCUUCCACUGUUUCAGUCUCUUUCUUUCUUCCACCCUUUUUCCGUCUUUUCCCCCUCUUUUCCACUGUUUCAGUCUCUUUCUUUCUUCCACCCUAUUUCCGUCUUUUCCCCCUCUUUUCCACUGUUUCAGUCUCUUUCUUUCUUCCACCCUUUUUCAGUCUUUUCCCCCUCUCUUCCACUGAUUCAGUCUCUUCCUUUCUUCCACCCCUUUUCAGUCUUUCCCCCUCUUUUCCACUGUUUCAGUCUCUUCCUUUCUUCCACCCUUUUUCAGUCUUUUCCCCCUCCUUUCCACUGUUUCAGUCUCUUUCUUUCUUCCACCCUUUUUCCGUCUUUUCCCCCUCUUUUCCACUGUUUCAGUCUCUUCCUUUCUUCCACCCCCUUUCAGUCUUUCCCCCUCUUUUCCACUGUUUCAGUCUCUUCCUUUCUUCCACCCUUUUUCCGUCUUUUCCCCCUCCUUUCCACUGUUUCAGUCUCUUUCUUUCUUCCACCCUUUUUCCGUCUUUUCCCCCUCUUUUCCACUGUUUCAGUCUCUUUCUUUCUUCCACCCUUUUUCAGUCUUUUCCCCCUCUAUUCCAGUGUUUCAGUCUCUUCCUUUCUUCCACCCUUUUUCAUCUUUUCCCCUUCUUUCCAACCAUUCCUCCCUUUUUUAAUCUCCCCCAACUCUUGAUCAAUUCUUUUUAUUUAACUUAUUUUAUUUUUUACACAUUUCUCCUCUUCUUCAUUCAUAUUUCUUUUAGUUUUUUGUCGACUUCUUUAUUGUUUAUUCUUUUUCACCACUGCUCUUUGUUACCUGUACUCUUUCAUCACUCUCUCUCUCAUUCCUCCCUCUCUUUCCACUCUUCAAACUCUUUUAUUCUCUCUCUCCCCUCUAUUUCACUCUAA